AUGCGGCAAAACAGCAAAUGGGUGGCCGGUCCUCGCGUCCUGGGAGAAGAAGUCGAAGUGCCGGAAGAUCCUUUGCUUCUCAAUCUUAAGAUCCUACGGCGGAACGCGUUUCUGUGGGCAUCUGGAGCAACGGAUGUGUCAGGAAUGCGAUCUGGUGGAGAUGCGUGGGAACGCGGCACGGCUGGGAGGGACGGCGCGAGUAAAGCGGAGGUACUGGGGGAUGGAGGAGCAGCGCGCGCGGAGAGCAGCGGGGAGGAGAGGCAGGCGAGCACACUGGCGUCGGGUGCUGACGGGCCGGGGGGCGAGGCAUGCGGCGAUGGCGGCGACGAGUGGGAUCGCGUGGACCCGCUGGAGUACCUGGCGCCGUUCCUCACCAUCAUUCGCUCCGAGAAGACCAACACGGCCUCCACAGGCGUCGCGCUCGCCGCCACGCACAAGAUCCUCACGACGGGGUUCUUCUCCUCGAGCACGAGGGGCGCCGCGCGCGCCAUGCACGCCGUGGUGGAGGCCGUGACGGGGUGCCGCUUCGAAGUGACGGACCACUCGUCGGAGGAAGUGGUUCUCAUGAAGAUCCUCCAGGUUCUCGUGGCGUGUCUGACGUGUCCAGCGGGGGAGCUGUUGUCGGAUCGGGACGUGUGCAGCGUGGUGAACACGUGCUUUCGCGUGGUGCACCAGUCCGCGCUACGCAGCGAUGUGCUGCAGCGCGCAGCGUGCGCCGCCAUGCACGACAUGGUGCGCACCAUAUUCGCGCGCCUGCCGUCGCUGCCCAGCUCGCCGGCGUCGGGCGAGGAGGAGAUGCAGGCGGCGAGGAGCACGGAGGGCACCAUGGUGCUUCCCGACGACACCGCGCUUGACGCCGCCGCCGCCAUGGAUGCAGCUGCUGCUGCACGGCUCAAAGAUGGCGUGCAGCCGCCGGGUGAAGAGGGUGCCGCUGCUGCAGUGGCGCAAGCAGAGGGAGAGGGGGAGAACGGCGGAGGUGCAGGACAGGAAGGCGAGGGGAAAGUGCAUCAAGGGGAUGAGUCGAACCCUCUGCUGCCACGAGACGUGGCUGGCGCGGCUUCUGCUGCGUCGCCCAGCGGUUCUGAGUCACCAGGGUCGGACUCGAGCAGCGAGGCGGACAGCCAGCACGAGGGCGCGCCAGGGGACGAGUCGUCGAGUGAGAACGAGCAGGAGGAGGGCGGGGAGUACGAGGAGGAGAGCAGUGCGGUGGACUUCACGCGCGAGGUGGUGCUGGGGCGCCCGUACGGGGCCGCGUGUCUUGUGGAGGUCUUCCACUUCCUCUGCUCGCUGCUCACUCUCGAGGAGAACCUCGUCGCCUCGCCUCGCGCUGCCAGUCCGCGCACCCCUCGCUCCUACGCAUGGGCGCACGCACACGAGGACAUGCCUCUCUUCGCGCUGCAGCUCAUUAGCACGGCACUGGACCUCACAGGCGAGCAUGUGGCCCUGCACCCGCGCCUGCUGGCGCUGGUCUCUGACGACCUCUUCCGCUCCUUCUUCCUGCUCGCAGCCUCGCCCAACCCGCUCCUCUUCCCGCUCAUCUGCAGCAUCGUGCUGCGCCUCUUCCUGUGCCUGCGCCGCCACCUCAAGCUGCAGCUCGAGGCCUUCUUCCUGGUUGUGCUGGCGCGCGCCGCACAGGAGCGCUAUGCCGUGUCGUUCCAGCAGCAGGAGGCGGCGCUGGAGGCGCUGCUGGACUUCUGUCGCCUGCCAGAGUUUGCAGUGGAGCUGUACAGCAACUAUGACUGCGACAUCAGCCGCAGCAACCUGCUGGAGGACCUGGGCGGGCUGCUCUCCAAGAGCGCCUUCCCCGUGGCAUCGCCACUGACCUCGCUGCACGUGCUGGCGCUGGACGGGCUGCUGGAGAUGCUGCGCCACAUGGCCCACCGCGUUGACUCCGGCCCCGCCCCCAAGCCCCCUGCACCGCCCAGUUACGGCAGCGGGCGGCAAGCCGAUGGGGUGGAGUUCUGGACGUGCCAGUGGGGCCCUCCUCCGCCCACGAGCGCUGCAGCUGCUGCGGGGUGGGGUGAUAUAGGAGCUGCUGGGGCGGGCAAGCAGCACGGUGGCGAGGCAGGCGAAGGAGGAGGCGAGGUGGCAGGGCCGAGGAGCAGUGCACGCGGCGAGGUUGGUGGGUGGGGUGUGUGGGAGGCGGAGGGCGACUGGGGCCGCUGGGUGGAGUUUGUGAGGGCAAGGAAACACGUGAAGCGGCGGUUGCUGCAGGGGGCGGAGCAUUUCAACAGGGAUCCAGCGAGGGGGCUGCAGUACCUGCAGGCGGCAAAGCUGCUGCCAGAGGAGCUGGAUGCGCGCAAUGUGGCGUGCUUCUUCCGCUACACGCCGGGGCUGAGCAAGCGAGUGCUGGGCGACUAUCUGGGCGACCACGAGCCGUUCAAGGUGGCCGUGCUGCACGAGUUCGCGCGUCUCUUUGACUUCCACGGCCUCGCCCUGGACGGCGCCCUGCGCACCUUCCUUGAGAGCUUCCGCCUGCCCGGGGAGGCGCAGAAGAUUGCUCGCGUGCUGGAGGCGUUUGCUGCCCGCUACUACGAGCAGUGCCCCGACGUGCUGGCGAGCCGUGAUGCGGCGUACAUCCUGUCGUACUCGGUGAUCAUGCUCAACACGGACCAGCACAACGAGCUGGUGCGCCACAAGAUGACGGAGGAGGAGUUCAUCCGCAACAACCGCAUGAUCAACGACGGCACGGACCUGCCGCGUGACAUGCUCACCGAGCUCUACCACUCCAUCGCCAGGGACGAGAUCCGCGUCUCCGCUGACAGCCUUGCAGGGGGGGGGGUCGGGGGCAGGCAGUGGAGCAGCAGGCGAGAUGAGUUACAGCCGGUGGAUGGACAUAGGCCCGCCAUCGCCGCCAUGAGUGUGGUGUACGACCACAGCGACUCCCCUGACGUGCUGCGGCAGUGCCUGCAGGGCUUCAUGGAUGCCGCCAAGAUCUGCGCCGCUCACUGCAUGCGCGACGCCCUCGACGACCUCGUCGUCUCACUCUGCAAGUUCACCACGCUGCUCAAUCCCGCAGGGGGGACGGGGGCAGCAGGGGGGCAAGCAGGGGCAGGGGGGUAUGAAGGAGGGGGGAUGGAGGAGGAGGAGGCAGCGUUGGCGUUUGCGGAGGAUGCCAAGGCGACCAUGGCGGCGGCGGCGGUGUUCACGGUGGCGAACCGGUAUGGGGACUACAUCCGCACGGGGUGGCGCAACGUGCUGGACUGUGUGCUGCGCCUGCACAAGCUGGGGCUGCUGCCCGUGCGCGUGCUGCUGGCCGCACAUGACGGCGCGGGGCAGGACGAGCUGGUGAAGCUGCCCUUCACGGGGGACGCCUCCACCGCCACCUCCACUCGCGCCGCCAUGCAGCACAGGGACGGCGAUGGGGCUGCUGGCAAAUCAGGGGGCAGCGGCAGCAGUGGAUGGGGUGGAGGAGGGGGGCUGAUGUUGCGGUUCAGCCAGCUGUUCCUGCUGGAGUCGGAGGAGGAGCAGCAGCCAUCGCAGCAGCUGGUGGAGGCACAGCGGCAGGUGCUGCGCGCCAUGGAGGAGUGCCGCAUUGAGGCCAUCUUUGCCGACAGCAAGUUCCUCCAGGCCGACUCCCUGCUGCACCUCGCCAAGGCGCUCAUCUGGGCUGCCUCCUCUGGCAGGCCUCUGCGCGGGGGCAGUGGUGCGGUGGGGGCGAGCACAGCAGACGAGGAGGACACAGCAGUGUUCUGCCUGAGUCUCCUGGUGGCGGUGACACUCACCAACCGUGACCGCAUCCUGCUGCUGUGGCCCGCCGUGGCGGACCACCUGGCGGCCGUGGUGGAGACGGCCACGGCGCCCACGGCGCUGGUGGAGAAGGCCGUGUUUGGGCUGCUGCGCCUGUGCCGGCGCCUCGUGCCGUACAAAGAGGACGUGGCGGACGAGCUGCUGCGCUCGCUGCACCUCAUCCUGCGCCUCGAUGCACGCCUGGCGGACGUGCUGUGUGAGCGCAUCACCAAGGAGCUGCUCCUGCUCGUGCAGGCACAUGCUGCAGCCGCCGCUGCAGCCACAGCAGCUGCCACGGCAACGGCUGCCGGGUUUCCUAGCAGUUUCCCUACAUCUCCAGGCUCUCUCUCACGCGAAUCUGGUCACAUCCGCUCCGCCGCUGCAUGGCGCACUUUGUGCUCGCUGCUGGCCGUGGCUGCCAGGCACCCCGACGCGGCAGCAGCGGGCUUUGAGGCGCUGCGCUUCGCCAUGGACGAUGGCAGUGCGGCACCAUCGAUGCAGCCCACCGCGUCGUCCCUGCACCGCACCAUGUCGCGUACACGCAGCGAGGACGGGGCGCGCUCUGUGCUACCUGCUAGUCUGCUGCCAUGCCUGGACGCGGCGGUGGAGUUUGUGGAGUCGAGGGCAGGCGGGCCAGCGCGGUCCGUGAAGGCGCUGGACCUGCUGCUGGGGCUGCUGCGCCCGCUGCAGCUGUGCGUGGCAGAGGUCACGGCGCAAGAGGUGGUGGAGAUAGGCGAGCGGGGCGAGGAGGCAAGGGAGGCACAGUUGAAGGAGGUGUGGGAUGCAUGGAGCAAGCUGGCGUCCGUAGUGGCGCGUUCAGGCAUCGAGCAAAGGGAGGCAGUGCGCAAUGCUGCCAUUGCAGGCACACAGCAAGUGGUGCUGGGUGCGGUUGGGCUGGGUGUGCCUGUGCGCAUGCGAGUGCGGUGCCUGGAGGAGGUGGUGGUGCCACUGCUGGACGGGCUACUGGACACAGCGACGAGGGAGAAGCCAAGGGAGUUCAAGGGCAUGGAGGGCUCGCUCAUUCUUGCACUCAAGCUGCUCACCUGCACCUUCCUCUCUCUGCUGCCUCACCUCCUCCCCAUCUCUUCAUCCACCGCUCCCCCUCAUCCCGUCUCGUCCCCUGACAGCAUUUCCACCUCUCCCUCUCCCCCUUCCUCCUCUCACGCGGCCGCCACUGCCUCCAACAUUGCAUCGCCACGCCAGCUGUGGCUGGCAGUGCUGCAGCGCCUGGAGCGGUGCAGCAAGGCCAAGGUGAGGGCGGCACUGGGAGGGGGGGAGGCAUUGCAGCGAGAGGUGGGGGAGGUGGUGCGGGGGCUACUGCAGACCAUGGUCCAGCACAGGGUGCUGCUGCCCCCUGCUUCCACACCUGCCAGGCCUGCUGGCAGCGCUGGCGACGAGCGGGAGCGAGAUGGCGAGGGUGCCAGCAGAGGCGAGGGGACAGGUGCAGGUGAGGGGAAGAAUGAAGCGGAGAGUUUGUGGGAAGUGACUUGGCGGGCUGUUGGGAUGAUUGCUCCUGGAGUUACAGUGGAUGAGAUGCUUCCCUUGGACACCAGGGCGCCAAGCAAGGAGGGGCAAGAAGGGGUGGGGGAAGGGGAUUACGUGCUGGUGGGUAAGGAGGACGGGGAUUCACAGCAAUAG